CAAAUGUUUGCAUAAAAUGGUCUCAUUUAUAGCACCCAUUGCUUACGGAUUCAUAACAUUUGCCAUUAUUUGGAUUUAUAUGAAUCAGCAGAGGAUUAACACCACAAACACCAGUGAAUCGCUUAUUAAGACAUGGAUUACAGACAAUGGUUUGAAUGUAAAGACAACCCGCAAACUAUUGGAUCAAUUGGGGUGCAAUACUAUCACCAAUUGUGUGGAUCUAAUAAUCACCACAUUUGGCCAUCACUUGCAAGACACAGACAGUGAUGUUCACUCACAACCACUUCACACUCUCAUUGCGUUAGCCGUUCACUACAAGAAUCACCAGAUUCUGCACAAAUGGCUUCACAACCAUCGCAUCCCUAAUGAUUACAUCCAUAUCAUUGAAAAUAAAUAUAACUCAAAGUCAUUGCAAGAGUUGUCGGCUCUGUAUUGGAUUCAACGAAACCAUGAUUUGAUUGAAGAAAUUAACGCCAAUCUCGUCCUCAAGACUGCUUUGGACUCUUUGCCCGACGAUUCCCAUCAAUUAGAGUCUCUGUGCGAAGACAUUUGGAUUGAUAUCAAUACCAUCGAUAGGAAGCCAUGGAAUUGGGGAUUCCUGUCGUACGUCACCGGAAAUUAUUUAGCGCCACAAAACUCAAGAGUAAAGUUUGAGUGGACGGACCCCGCGGUUGUCGGCAAUACUAUGACUUUUGUUGUAAAAUUCUUCCAACGGAAUGGUCGCCCGUAUCCCAUAUCUAGUGAAGACAAUCUGAAA